ACGAGGAAGAAGACAAUGCGCCAAGAUAAUCCAAAAUCUUUGGCCAAAUAUACACACCAGUUGUGUAGGCGAGCGAAGGAGACCUUUCUUUCAAAUCCUGAAAUAACAUGAGUGUGAUUAGUCAAGGAAUCCGAGAUUUAGUUAAAAAAUGCAUCGCCAAUAAUAAGGUUAUGGUUUUCAGCAAAAGUUAUUGUCCAUACUGCAUCGGCGCUAAAGAUCUGUUCGACGAUUUGGAUGUGCCUUAUAAAGCUAUGGAAUUAAAUGAUGAGCCCAGUGGUGCCGAGAUCCAACAAGCAUUAGCGGAAUUAACAAACCAAAAGACGGUACCUAAUAUUUUUGUGAAUCGCAAACACAUUGGCGGAUCUGAUGCCUUACGCUCGGCUUACGAAUCCGGCAAACUGGAAAAGCUACUGACAGAAGCUGGUCUCAAGUCUAAUAUGUAAUUCCCGGCACGUGGAAGGAUCAAGUCUGAAAGAAAACUCUACGAAAUAAUCUUUAUUGUAGAUUUUCAUGAAUCUCAUUAGCCACUUUUCAUGUAUGAUGUAUCAAGUUGUACGCCCUUGGAAAUUGAAUAGAUUAUCAACCGAGGUGAUUGUUGAUGAUCU